AUGUAUCAGCGUGUCUUGAUCGAAGGUGCCCAGGUGGAAGAGACGACCACACGAAUCACUGCCUGCGAUCAUCCAAGCGUGUUCCACUGCGAUGAGCACAAUAUUCAGUGUAUACCAUUGCCUCUCAAGUGUGACGGUUUUAUAGACUGCAACAGCAAACUGGAUGAGGCUGUGGUGACCUGUGGUUGCGCAGCCAGCCAGUUUCAAUGUAACUCCACCACCUGCAUCUCUAAAUCUUUAAGAUGUGACAGGAAAAAUGAUUGUGAUAACGGCUCGGAUGAAGAGAAUUGCAAGGCCUACGUGUGUCCGAUGAGUCAUAUCAAGUGUAACAACCAUUUCUGUUACCCUCGAGACAAGCAGUGUGACUUCAUCGAUGACUGCGGGGACAACUCGGAUGAACUCAACUGCAACAGAAUUGAAUGUAAUCCAACACAGUUCACCUGCAACAACUCCCAGUGUGUAGAGACCGCCAAUAUCUGCGAUGGUGUUUUUGACUGUGUUGACCACAGUGAUGAGAGUGAACAUCUCUGCACACCAGACAAAUACUACAAAUGCAGCACAGGGUUCUACACCAAGAAGGAGUAUGUCUGUGAUGGUCAGUUUGAGGACUGUCGUCUUACCCAUGACGACGAGAUCAAUUGUGGAGGAUGUGGCAGUGAUCAGUUUCAGUGCCCUAAUAACAGAUGUAUCAAGAAGAGCAAUGUCUGUGAUGGCCAUUGCGAUUGUCUGGACUGUGCCGACGAGGACAACUGUGAACCGAACACUUUCGGCUGCCCUAGAGAUACCAGGUUCAUAUGUCUCAACGCCGCCAUGAGUCCAGUUGGCAUCCGGUGUAUCAGCAGAGAAUAUCUUUGUGACUUGAAGAACGACUGCUUAGAUUCGCCAAGUGGACAGGAUGAAAAAUUUUGCAAUAAUGGCUCCAGCAUUUGUCCCAAAACACACCCACUCUACUGCUCACGAAAGAUGCGCUGUCUGGAGGAGUCCAAAAGGUGCAACCACUACCCAGACUGUUAUGAUGGAGAAGACGAGCUAAAUUGUCCUGCACCGACUGGUUGCAAGGAAGGGAUGUUUAUGUGUGAAGAUGGCGGAUGUAUUCCUCAAUCCAAGAGAUGUAAUGCGGUCCACGAUUGUGUUGACUGGUCUGAUGAACUAAACUGUGAACACUUCUCCUGCCCUCCUGGCAAGCGUAGCUGCUCUGCUGGACAUUGUGUACCUGAAAACUUCUGGUGUGACUUUUAUAGAGAUUGUCCAGAUGGCAGUGAUGAAAAGAGUUGUCCCGCCCCAAGGCCAUGCAAGGAGUAUGAGUUUCAGUGUAAAAGUGGUCAAUGUAUUAACUCCACUUACAUCUGCUAUAGAAGCUCUAACAGACAUGGAUGUGCUGAUAACUCUCAUCUUAUCAACUGCUCUAACUACACCUGCUCAGAUGACAAAUUCAAGUGUCGUAGCAGCUACUGUAUCAAUCAGAGUCAAGUCUGUGACAACAAGGUAGACUGCAUACACACAGCAUGGGAUGAAAAGCAUUGCUAUUACUCUUGUCCAUUUUCGUCCAAACUUUGUAUCUGCCAUGGAAACAGCAUGUUCUGUAAUGAGAGCGGCUUGACUGAUGUUCCUUCGUUGCUGAUCACUGAGGACCUGACCAAGUUAAAUUUCUCCAUUAAUCAUAUCAACUUAACCAAUGCAACAUUCUCACCUGUGUAUUUUGACAGAGUGACCUCUUUAGAUCUAAGCUUCAAUUCCAUCAGUGAGAUACCUGACAAGUGUUUUCAAACAAUGUGGAGACUGACUUAUUUAAACCUUGCGGGUAAUAAUUUGACGGAACUGAGGAAUGGAAGUCUUUUUGGUCUAACUGAACUUGUACAGCUACAUUUGAAUGGAAAUAAAAUUGAGCACAUUGAUGAUGAUGCCUUUAUUGGACAGACCAGACUGAAGACUUUAGACUUGGGAAGUCAAAGGCUGACUCAUCUGUACAAGAAUAUGUUCAAAGGCCUAAGAGAGGUUACAGUCCUCAAUCUAACCAGAAAUAGAAUCAGAUCUAUUGAGAAUGGCGCUUUCAAUUCUCUGAUGAACAUUCAUACAAUUGACCUGACACAUAACAUGAUCCGUGAUAUUGGAGAGAAAGUCUUUAUGGGACUACCCACUCUUGCAAAAAUAGAAACUGACAGUUUCACCUUCUGUUGUAUAGCCCCAGAGGGCGUGGACUGUUCCCCCAAACAGGAUGAGUUCUCCUCAUGUGAGGACUUGAUGUCUAAUCAUGUUCUGAGAAUAAGCAUUUGGGUGCUGGGUUCCGUUGCUAUUAUUGGAAACUUCGUAGUUAUCAUUUGGAGAAUGCGGGAUUUUAGGGGCGGAAAGGUUCAUUCCUUCCUUAUCACCAACCUGGCCAUUGGAGACUUCCUCAUGGGGCUUUACAUGCUAAUUAUAGCUGUGGCUGAUACCCUGUACAGAGGGGUCUAUGUGACGUAUGCAGAUGUCUGGAAACAAAGUGGUUUCUGUCAGUUUGCCGGCUUUGUUUCCACUUUCUCUAGUGAGUUAUCAGUACUGACACUGACCACUAUAACACUAGAUCGUCUAGUCUGUAUUCUGUUCCCUUUGCGGAGAGCCAGACUUGGUCUGAAGCAGGCAAGCGUUGUGAUGAGCUUUAUGUGGUUCCUGGUCUUUGUGUUGGCUGCUCUCCCACUGCUAGGGUUUGGCUACUUCGAGAAUUUCUACGGCCGCUCUGGGGUGUGCCUGGCUCUCCAUGUAACACCAGACAAGCGCUCAGGGUGGGAGUAUUCUGUUGGUGUUUUCAUUGUCUUAAAUUUUGUAUCAUUCCUUCUGAUUGCCUCCUCAUAUCUCUGGAUGUUCUCUGUAGCCAAGAAAACUCGCAGUGCAGUUAGAUGUGCUGAAAGUAAAACAGACUCUGCCAUGGCCAAACGUAUGACACUGAUUGUCAUGACUGACUUCUGCUGUUGGGUGCCCAUCAUUGUCUUGGGGUUUAUUUCCUUGGCUGGCACUAGAGCAGAUGACCAGGUCUACGCCUGGAUUGCAGUAUUUGUACUUCCUCUGAACUCUGCCAUGAAUCCAGUUAUCUACACCUUGUCCACAGCGCCCUUCCUGGGCAACCUGAGGAAACGUGCCAAUAGAUUUCGGAAGUCUUUCAUCCACUCCUUCACAACAGAUACCAAACACAGUUAUGUAGAUGAUGGCACGACUCACUCAUAUUGUGAGAAAAAAUCAUCCUAUCGACAGUUAGAGCUCAAACGUCUGCGGAGCUUGAACAAUUCACCGCCAAUGUACUAUGAUUCCUGAAUGCAGGCCCCUGAAUGAGCAUAGAAAAUGUAAAAAAAAAAAAAUAAUUGAAGUGACCUCUAGAAUGGAGGCUCAGCAUUAAAAACCAAACGUGUACGCCAAGAUGAACUGAAUUUAGCUGUGCUGAACUUUGUUGUCACAUUUUCAACUUUAUUUUUUCCCUUUCUUGAAGGAAAUAUAAUUUGAAUUGGAAUGUUUGAGACUUCCACUUAAUUGCUUUUUGGAAUCCAUGCCAUUGAUUUUCCUUCAUGUUGUGGGUAUAGUAAUAGACCAAUAUUGGUUAAUAUGAAUGGGCAAUACAUGUAGGCCUUGAGAUGAGGACUAAGCUAAUAUAUCUGGAGCUAGACGAUUGGUAAUAUAUGUAUGCCCUUAGGUAAUUAAUUUAUGUCUUUAGGUAAAACAUGUAGGACUUAGAUAUCUAUAAAACAUCUACAAAUAUUGUUAUCAACUGGGCUGGUAGCCACCAAUCUUUAAUUCCACAGUUUUGGUGACCUCCAUUUUGUUUACAAUUAGAUUUGUACACCAAUAUAUUUGUAACUCUAAUUUGUUUGAAGAGCCAAAUCUAAAUUGAUUUUUUUUUUCUAAAUAACAAUUUUCUAAUUUGUGACUUGAUUUUGGACUAUUUUUUGUAUAAAUUACAUAGUUUAAGAUUUUUUUAUUAUAUUUUUUUUUACAUUUUCUAGUUUACUCUUUUUUUUUUCCUUUUUGUAUCUUUUGUUAAGAAAGUAAAAUUUUAAAACAAAUUAAUUGGUAACAGUUGUUUAAACUUGUCUAAAUCAAAAUAUCAACUUUACAUAAUGGAUAUACAUAGGCAAUACACUUUAUUCUUUUUUAAUUGCUUUUUGUACAGUGCUUCUUUCAUUCAACAGAAUGCUAUGGUCCAAUCUCUUUGUGAACGUGUGGGGCUGGGGUAUUUGGGAGAAAGUUUUGAUGCUGCUUUUAGACUUCAAGGUAACACAACUCAGUUUGAAUCAGGAUUCAAACUCCUUAAUUUUCUUGCUACUUAGCCUCACAUCCCAAUUCAUCAACUUGUGAGUUCAUUAGAUAUUUAAUCGGGUCUAGGCCCACAUUCUUUGUACUGCAGUACUAUUAUUUGUUUGUACUGAACCUCAAACAGUUUGUCCUUGUCGACAAUUAGUUGAUCCACAAAGGGAUGUAAGGAGAAUGUAUAAUGUAUUGAGCUGACACAUUUUUUAAUAUAGAUCAAAUACGCAUCAAACCAAGAUGUUGAGAUGGGAACAGUUUUGUUGUUGUUGAUUAAUUGUGCUUUGGUUUAUCAUUCAGUCGCAAACUGCUCAACGGACUGUCUUCAAUGUAUGUACUUUUUGUGUACUGACUAGCAUUCUGCUGCCCUGAUGAAUCCUCUGUUUCUUCUUUCCAUCUCCUUAUCUUUCUCUCUGUCAUUCACUUCUCUCUCUCUUUCCUUGGUUAUCCAUUCUAGAAUAAUUACUGAGUUGUAAACCACAAAAUUGUUUCAGAAAACUGACAUAAUUACUAGAAUUAAAUAAUCCUCUUAGUGUUUGAAUAGCGAAACUUUACUUGACACAGCGGACUUUCUCAUUAAUUCUUAUCAGAGUAAAGUUACCCUGCAUCUGUGAUGUGUAAGGCAAUAAAUACUCUCUAGCCCCCAAUUUUCUCAAUAUGUUUUACUUUCUCAAUAAACAAGUUUACCCCUAACCUACAAAGUCAUUCAACAAAAAUACACUGCAGGUCGCCUUUAGAUAUGUAUUACUUACUUAGGGCCUCCCUCACCAUUCAGCGCAUUGGGCGGAAAGCUGUCUUCAGAUAUAUAUUAGUUAACAUCUUAAACUUUAGUAUUUUGCUGACAUAAUCUUUGCUGCUCUAGAUAGUGUUUUAUAAAGUCAUAAAAAGCUAAUCUCCAACAUAAGGGAAGGUUGAAUGAUUCUCAUCACAUUCUUUGGCUCUUAAUGCUGCAGAACCAAUUGCUCAGUUAUCCCACCGCUUUGUGGGGUACAUACUAAACCAAAAUUUUGUGAUAUUAUACCUACCAGAGUUUCCAUGGUGUUCAUUGUAUAUACUAUAUACAACUGACGAUCAUAACAAGUAAGAAUGCUUUUAAAUAUGUUUUUGAAAUAUAUGAAUGUGUGUUUUGAAAGAACGGAAAUAUUUGUUAGUAAAAAUUUCCUGAUUUUUUUGUUCAUUCUGUUGUAUUUUUUUACCAAAUGUUGAAUUCUAUCCAUUUCAUGAGUGGCAUGUUCAGCUGUGGUUUAAGAUUCUGAACAAAGUAGCUCUACCUUCCUUUAUCAAAUAGUAAAAUUGAUUUUUGUCAUAAUAUUCAGUGACCUGGAAGUCUCAGAAGUAAUCUGAUUUGUUGUUUUGUCUAGAUGAUAAAUAGUUUAUGAAUUUUACAGCAUCUGCCUUAUAGGUGGCAAGGUCUGAAAGGGGAACUUUACUUUUUUUACUUAUAAUAAUAUAAUUCUUGAAAACAUGACUAUUUGACUCUUUUUAACUUCCUUGGUAUAGAUUAUAUUAUAUUAUAUUAUCUUUCAAUUACCUUUAUCUUAUGUACAUUAAAACCUAUAUCUUAUGUACAUUGGCUUCAACAUUUGUAUUCUUAUUGCUUAUGUAUAGCAGGUCUUCCUUGCUCCUCCAGCAUGCUCUGUGAGUUUUGGUCCAAUCUUUUUUCUAGAUAUGUGGGUAGAGAGCUAUCUUGGAGGAGGUUUCCAUGCUGCCUUUAGUUCAUCAAACACAGCUCGAGUCAAAUUCAAAAUUACUAGUGUAGUUCUGGAUUCUAACUUAGCCCCUCUCAGUGAGAAAGCCAAACAAAUUCUGCCACACAUCCCACACAGUGGCGUAGCAAGGGAUUUAGGGUCCAGGGGGUUUGGUCUCUUUAGGGGGCCCCUGCAUUUUGACAUUUGACAUCAUGACAUGUGAUAAUGUAUUUAAUAAAUGUAUGUCUAAUGUGUGGAAUACAUGCAACAUUGUCACUAAUUUACAUAACAACUUAAACAGUAUUGGCACUGGGUUAAUAUUUAAGGUAAAAAAAAAAUGUUGACACUCCUAUGGGGUUCUGGGGGGAUCUUCAAAUUUGGAACACCCCCACCCUAGCCACGCCACUGAUCCCACACUUUGGUUUACUCGAACAAACUUCAGAGCACCAGCCAUCAGUAUAAUGUUUCAUAAUGUAUUUGUCCCCUGUUCCAAGUCUUCAAUUUGGUAUGUAGAUCUAAAACAAGGCCCAUGUUUGUAUUUGAUUUUUAAGAAUGAAACGGAACUGAUGUAAGCUGAUUACUUCUUACUUGUUAUGUAAAUAUAUUUAUACUGAUAUAUGCCUUUAGGAUUCUACUGUAUUACCCUGUGUGCGGAUGUCAUUUUUCAAUGUCUGAAUGAAAAUUUAUUUAAGAAGAACACAUAUGUCAAUAAAUGAAUCCAUUAUGUAUUUUUUUGCAUAUUCACAUGUGUACUAUACUUGUUGAUAUGAACCAUGUCAUUGAAUUUCUUACAUCAAGUCUCCUGUAACAUGUUAAUGUGGUUUACUGUCUCUUUGAAUUAAUUUUUUUCUAAUAUCCUUCGAAGAUUUCAACUUUCACACAGCAGUUAACUUUGUUAGAAAUUCUACCAUUGUGUUCACAUCCUCUGUAAACAUGAGCUCAUUGUACACCUGAAAUUGACUUUCUGAUAUGUUUGUUUAAGGUCAUUAUAGAGAUGUACAACUAGCAAGAAAAAAACAAACAAAAAAAAAACACUAAUCUAAGAGGGAAAACUCUGCUCUUACAACUAUAUCAUUCAAAAAUGUAGAAUUUAUUUCCCUUUGUUGUUAUCAAAUUAAAAUAAUAAAUUACAGAUAAUUACUUGACUAAUUGUUUUAUACUUUAAUUCAAAAAUGUUUCGUUAAGUACAAGAAAUAACUCUGUAAGAUUUCAUUAUGAUCCGUGAAUGAGUGCGGGAAAAAGUGUAUUCAAUUGUAUAAGGAACAAAAUAUUUAACCACACCUGUAAAUACUGAAGGAUUAGUUUCCCUUUGUUGGUAUCAAACAAAAUAAUUAAUUACCAGUAAUUAAUUGACUGGUUGGUUAAAUGUUUAAAUUGAUUUAAAUAUUGUCUAUGCCAAUCAAUAAUUGUGCAGUUUCGAUUUAUUCAGAAAAUGGGUGAAAUAAUAUGUUGAAACCUUUUAACAGACAGAGUGAGUUGACUUUAGCUUUGUAAAAGCUAGAACUUAUUUGUGUCAAUGUUUCAUGGGGCACCCUCUCACUAAUAUCAGAUAAUAGACCUUCUAUAAAGUAGUAGUUCUACUGUUAAAAGCAGAGAUACGUCUGACCUAUGAUCCAAUGAAGUGUAACUAUUCCUUGGUGUUCCAACUCUGCCCUGUGUCUAAAUCAGUUACUGGAACAAAACGAAGCAAAGUGAACGAUUUUGUAAUUAUGAAAAUAUCUGAUUGUGUGAUGUAUGAUGCUAUGAUUGUGUGAUGUAUAGUGUAAUGUAUUGUGUGAUGUAUGAUGCUAUGAUUGUGUGAUGUAUAGUGUAAUGUAUUGUGUGACGUAUGAUGCUAUGAUUGUGUGAUGUAUAGUGCAAUGUAUUGUGUGAUGUAUGAUGCUAUGAUUGUGUGAUGUAUAGUGUAAUGUAUUGUGUGAUGGAUGCUAUGAUUGUGUGAUGUAUAGUGUAAUGUAUAGUGUGAUGUGUGCUAUGAUUGUGUGAUGUAUUGCGUAAUGUAUUGUGUGAUGUGUGCUAUGAUUAUGUGAUGUAUAGUGCAAUGUAUUGUGUGAUAGUGUGAUGUAUGCUAUGAUUGUGUGAUGUAUAAUGUAAUGUAUUGUGUAAUAGUGUGAUGUAUGCUAUGACUGUGUGAUGUAUAAUGUAAUGUAUUGUGUGUUGUGUGCUAUUUUUGUGUGAUGUGUGCUAUGAUUGUAUGAUGUAUUGUGUAAUGUAUUGUGUGAUAGUGUGAUGUAUGUUAUGAUUGUGUGAUGUAUUGGGUGACAGUGCUAUUGUUCAUGUAUCACAUGACUGUUUGAUUAUGAAAUGCUGUAAUAGUUUCAUAAUGUAAUACCCACAUAUCUGGGUGUUGUUGGCUUUUUUUUUUAAUAUAUUUUUUUUUAUUUUCAAUGUUUUAUUAAUAAAAUUGAUAAAAUACAUUUUGUAUUUAAAUUCCAGCUUUGUUUAAAUUAAUCCCUAGUCUCUUCUUACCUUUUGUCCCACCUUCUUUAGUUAAAAAAAAUGAUUUAGCUGAUGAUAGAAAGAAAGAAAUACUCAAGACAAAUUACAAAUAUCUUAAAGGUAAAUUUUACUGCCUGCGGACAAGAGUCUCACCACGCAAACACCGUCAAACAUCUAUAAGGAUAUGCGAUUCCCUAAAAGUUCUCAAUCUUGUCCACCUAGCCUAACUUAUUAAGCCUAAUCAGUGGUCAGGUUACAGUCAUGGCCACUAGUUAAUUUUUUAGAAUGAUAUGUUUAUAUUCCAUCAUAUAAAAACUCAGUUUCAGAAAUGUAUGCCACAGGUUCCAAUCGUGCCAAUUUGUUUUGUUUUUAAAUAAAUUUACUGCAUGAUUUCAUCUCAUGUCAUAAAAAUAAAAGUCUCCAGCUUUCA